AUGAGUCCAGUCACCCUACUGGCCCUCCUGGGGGUCACCCUCACCCUGUCCCGAAUCCAGGCCCUGACCUGCCAGAAGGGGACACUGAACUCUGUGUAUAAUGCAACUGAACUUCCCCUCCGGUGGACUACUGGCCAGGAAGACUGUGAGGAAGGCUGGGGUUGCCAAGACACACUGAUGCUCAUUCAUAAUGGACCCCAGGUGAAUGUAGUGAUCACCAAGGGUUGCACUCAGGCUGAAGACCAAGAGGCCCGUGUCACGGAGCACAGGGCCGGCCCGGGCCUCUCCAUCAUCUCCUACACCCAUGUGUGCAGGAAGGCAAACUUGUGCAAUGACCUGGCCAACAGUGUGCCCCUCUGGACCCCAUCCUCCACAGCUGCACCAGCCCCAGAAGGCACGCAGUGCCCCACCUGCUUGUCAAGAGAUGAAUGCAAAGAAAGCGGGACUGAGCUCCCCUGCCCAGCAGGGCUCAGGCAUUGCUACAAUGGCAUCCUCCUGCUCAACGGAGGAGGGAUCUCCACCAGUCUGAGAGUGCAAGGGUGCAUGGCCCAAGGAGGCUGCAACCUGCUUAAUGGGACCCAGGAAAUCGGGCCCAUAAGGGUGAGAGAGAAGUGCAAUCCUAAGGAUUUUCUGACCUGUCAAUCGGGGAACAAGUUGCAGUUUGGUCCAGACGUGUCUCGGAAACCUGUCGAGUGGACUGUGUCUGGGAACAAGAUGUGUGCAUCUGGGGAGGCGUGUCAGGAGACACUGUUGCUCAUUGAUGCAGGACACAAACCACUCCUGGUGGGGAACAAAGGCUGUGCCUCCUCUGGAACACAGGAUUUUACGGCUACCUUCAUACACUCGGGCCCCCCCGGAGUGCUUGUUGCCUCUUACUACCAUGUCUGCUCCUCCAAUGGUUGCAACAGAGCUGACAAUUCCAGUGUCCUGCUAAACGUCCUCCCUUCACCAGCUGCCCCUGCGCCUGGAAGUCUGAGGUGUCCUGCCUGUGUGGAUGUCUUUGGAACUUGUCAGAACCCCAAAGUCAUUACAUGCCCUAUGGGCAGCACUCAUUGUUAUAAGGGCAACAUCCAGCUCACAGGAGGUGGGCUCUCCGCCACAGUGACUAUUCAGGGCUGCAUGGCCAAACCUGCCAAAUCCUUGUUGAAAAAUACCCAGAAUAUUGGGGUCCUCUCUGUGAAUGAGAACAUUGAGGGUGAGCCUGCACCCAAAGGUGGAGUUGCCCCUGCCCCCUAUCUGGCUUGGAUGGUGGGGCUGGGACUGUCUCUAGCCCUUUGGUGUGGGGUUUUUUGUCUUCCUUUUUGA